GAACACAGUAAAUGUCAAACAAUUAGAUACAUUGCAGUCAUGCAUGGGCGUUAACGAGGAGAGGCUUUUCUUUUCUUUUGUUCAUUCACCAUUUGAGGAAGAUGAAAUUGUUCAAAAAAGGUUGGGACUUUGUGGAGAAAGAGAAACGAAAUUAAAGAUUUUUUCCCUCCUCAUUUAAUGAGUUUUGGGUGUUUGAUCAAGUGUAGUACUACUGCCAGCAGCAACAGUGUUGAUAUUGGUGCAAGUAUACUUGUGGCUGAUAUUGUUCCGUACGGCAACAUGCUAAGUGGUGGUGAUGAUGCCAUCAUUGAGCUACCACAAUCUCUUCUCACCCAACAUAUUCCAUACCUUAUGCAGAACUCCCCUUCCCUAUCAGUCCCCUAUGUACUAAGCCGGGUUUGUUCUUUAACAAACAAGUUCUUGGGCUGGCCAACAUCUUCCUCGGAAAGUCCUAUUGCUUCCCAAGGCUUAAACUCCAAUUUGGAGCUUGCAAUGGGUAGAAAUGGUUUUGGUGGCUUGAACAAUGCAGGCACUUCAUUGCCAAUGGAAUUCAACUUCUGUGAUGGGGCUAUGUUGCCGUUGAUGAAAUCUAGGUCCCAUGAAAUGCCAUAUGACAGGUCAGCCAUUGUAGAUUUUGCUUUGGCGGCUUUGGAUGAAUUAAUUAAGUUGGCACAGAUGGACAAUCCUCUUUGGAUCAAAGACCUGGAUUGUGGGAUCGAAACAUUGAAUCUCAAAGAGUACAGUAGAACUUUCUCCUCUUGCAUUGGCAUGAAACCAAGUGGCUACACAACUGAGGCCACAAGGGAAACUGGCCUGGUUUCCUUGGGUGGCCUGGCUCUUGUUGAGGCAUUAAUAGAUGCGAAUCGUUGGGCAGAAAUGUUUCCAUGCUUGAUUUCUAGAGCAGCAACCAUCGAAGUUCUAUCCACUGGUACAGGUUUAGCCAGAGACAACGCAUUGCAAGUGAUGGAUGCUGAAUUUCAAGUUCUUUCUCCAUUGGUUCCUUCCCGUCUAGUGAGAUUCAUCCGGUUCUGCAAACAGCAUUCGGAGGGUGUGUGGGAUGUGAUUGAUAUUUCAAUCAAUACUACCCAAGAUGCUGCAAAUACGCAUACGUUUGUCAACUGCAGGAGGCUUCCUUCUAGCUGUGUCUUCCAGGAUCUGGACAAUAAGUACUCCAAAGUUACUUGGAUCGAACACUCGGAAUAUGAUGAAAGAGCAGUUCACCAUCUCUUAAGGCCAUUAUUCAGUUCUGGUUUAGGCUUUGGUGCACACAGGUGGAUUGGCACUCUCCAAAGGCAAUGUGACUGCUUGGCACUCCUGAUGUCCCCCGACAUCCCCGGGGAAGAUAACAUAGGAAUAACUCCAGCCGGGAGGAAAAGCAUGUUAAAGCUUGCACAGCGCAUGACAAAUAACUUCUGUGCCGGUGUUUGUGCUUCAAGCGUGUUUAAAUGGGAAACAUUUAAUGGUGGUAGCAUGGUUGAAGAUAUGAGAAUAAUGAGCUGGAAGAAUGUAAAUGAUCCUGGUGAACCUCAAGGGGUUCUGUUGUGUGCUGCUACUUCUGUUUGGAUGCCGGCAACACAGAAAAGGUUGUUUGAUUUCUUGAGGGAUGAACGGAUGCAGAUUCAGUGGGACAUUCUGUCCAACGGCGGGCUAAUGCAGGAGAUGGUCAAUAUUGCCAAGGGACCAGGUCAUGACAACUCGGUUUCUCUCCUUCGUGGCAGUGUAAGCAUUCACACCCUAGAUAAACUGCAUAUUUCUUAGAUUUUCUCAUCCAAUAUUUUUUCUAUUUCUUUUCAUGCUAUACCUCAGGCCAUUAACACAAAC